CGCCCCUAGGUCCCUCCACCGCGCUUUCCCGCUCCCACAGCAGUAGCCGUCUGCGUCGCAGUCGUUGUCGCUGUUGUCGCCUUCGCAGCGUAGCGCUCGAAACCCAAGAGCUACCAUGCCCAACAUCGUGCUCUUCAGCGGCAGCUCGCACCAGGACCUGUCCCAGCGCGUGGCCGAUCGCCUGGGCCUGGAGCUGGGCAAGGUGAUCACCAAGAAGUUUAGCAACCAGGAGACCAGUGUGGAGAUCGGUGAAAGUGUCAGAGGGGAAGAUGUCUACAUCAUCCAGAGUGGCUGUGGAGAGAUCAAUGACAACCUGAUGGAACUGCUCAUCAUGAUCAAUGCGUGCAAGAUCGCCUCAUCCUCCAGGGUGACUGCGGUGAUCCCGUGCUUCCCGUAUGCCCGCCAAGAUAAGAAGGACAAGAGCCGUGCUCCGAUUUCUGCGAAACUUGUGGCCAACAUGCUCUCGGUGGCCGGGGCCGAUCACAUCAUCACCAUGGAUCUGCAUGCCUCUCAGAUACAGGGAUUCUUUGAUAUUCCGGUGGAUAACCUAUACGCGGAGCCUGCUGUUCUGCAGUGGAUUCGGGAGAACAUCACCGAGUGGAAGAACUGUAUCAUUGUUUCACCUGAUGCAGGAGGAGCCAAAAGGGUCACAUCCAUUGCAGACAGGCUGAAUGUGGAGUUUGCUUUGAUUCACAAAGAGAGGAAGAAGGCAAAUGAAGUGGACCGGAUGGUGCUGGUGGGUGACGUGAAGGGCCGCGUGGCCAUCCUCGUGGAUGACAUGGCCGACACGUGUGGCACCAUCUGCUUCGCUGCCGAUAAGCUGCUCUCAGCUGGAGCCACCAGAGUUUAUGCUAUCCUUACCCAUGGGAUCUUCUCUGGGCCAGCUAUUUCCAGAAUAAAUAAUGCUGCCUUUGAGGCUGUUGUUGUGACAAACACAAUUCCUCAAGAGGACAAAAUGAAGCACUGCACCAAGAUUCAGGUGAUUGACAUCUCGAUGAUCCUGGCUGAGGCCAUCCGGAGAACACACAAUGGGGAAUCCGUGUCGUACCUGUUCAGCCAUGUCCCACUGUAAACAUGAAUGGGAAGUGACAAGUGACUUCCCACUUGCUGGUAUCUCUGCUUUUUUAGCGGUAGGACUCAGCAAUGAUAAGAUAAUCGCUGGCAAAAGCAUCAGGUAUUUGUUCACUCUGAGAUUCAUUGUUUCCCCUUCUAAACCUCAAGAAUGCUUCCAGUUUAUUGGGGGAUGGUGGUGGUUAUUGGGUUUUUAGUGAACUGUGUUAAAUGAGAAAUGUUCUUAUCAUCUUGACUUUUUCUGGUUGGUGAUCUUGCAUUAUUCUUUUAGCAACAGCAUUCUAAUAUAAAAUCCCAUUCUUGAAACUCAUAUUUUAUAUAUUUCGAGGUUGCCAAAGUAACUUCAGAUUAAGCCUUCUGUGUGAAUAUAACCAUAAUUCCUAUGGACAUUUGGGUAAGAACCCCAUAUAACCCUUUACUUUGGAGUGAAUCUUAGAAAAAUUAUGACACAGUGAAUUUUGAAUUUUUCUUUUUUCUUCUUUUUCUUAAUGGCAUCUGGGUUUCAAUUAAACUACUGUACUUGUGAUUCAUCUGAACCAAAUUUUCCUUAGCUUUAAAUGGCCAUUGACAUGUUUAUUUUAGGGAAGACAUAACUAUUACUUACUUGAAAUGCCAUUUUCCCAAACUCCAAAAUUAUGUUCAUCAAUUCUCUGACUUAGAAACCACAUUGAGAUGUAGUCUCUAAACUCACUGUCAUUCUGGCGCAUUCCUCUGGCCCUGUCACCUUGUUCUUCCCAACCUAUUUUUAGCUAUAGCUUUAACUUUCAAUGGUUUCCAACGACUUCAUGUUGUGGACUUCCAACAAAAUAAAGACUUCUCCAAAUCCCUUCAAAUUUACUAAUCAUCAUUUUGCUCUUUUUACAGAAAAGGUGAAAUUUUGAGUGCCACCAAAUGCAUAUUGAAGCAUUAUUUUGUGAACUUUGAUUCAGUGUUCUUUUAGCUUUUGUAAUGGAAAGUUGUAGGUUUCCGGCAACUGCUUAUCUAAAUUAAAGCUAUUACAUGGAAAAUGUGAGUAGGAAAGUCCUGUGAAAAAAUAAACAAAAAGUUGAUUCAUUAAUGGCUCAAAGUGAUCCUGAAGGGGAACUUCACCUAGGAUUGUCUUCAUCCAUAAGAUGGCCUUUUAGAACUUUGUCCUCCUAAUUGAAGUGCCUCGCUGCCUCUAGUAAACAUGUAACAAUUUUAUUUCUCAGAAUUUCUAUGCUUGUAUGUAAUGAAGACUUAGUUGUAAAUCCAUAUGUAGAUGGCUUGACUCACACGUGUGAGUAUAGGUGCACUACGACUAAGGCCAAUUGAUUUAAAAGUAAUCAUUUUCUCAACAUAUUGAAAGUUUACAGGGCUAAUUUUAAAAUCUAAUCUGAUUUUUAAAAACUACUUUACUGUGCUCUGAAUUAACUGAUGGUUUCUAUUAUUACUUAGCUCAACUUUUGUAUUUUAAAGUGUAGCUGAAUACAUUUAGGAACUAAUCCCCGUGCUCAGCCUUGCACGGUAGAAAUGCAGACUUUAACUACUUGAUGCGUUCCGUUCAAUGGUGAUGAUGAAGAUGGCCAAGCAAAUCUUAAUCUUUCUCAUUCCUUGCUGUUCGUGGUGUGGAAACUUGAGCGAGACCACUAUAUCGUCCUGUCCAACUACACUGAAAGGAGGGUGUACUUGGGAUAUAUCUAGUGAAAAGGGGGAGCCAGAGAAACAUGAACAUACCAAAGUUGCUUAGCCUCCAACUUAAAUUAUAUUAGUCAACCUGUAGAUGGUUCUAUGAUGAUAACUUUCCUGUGUUAGAUAUGAUGUUGACUGGAUUCAGCAAUACUGUUUAUCAUUUUAAGUGCUUGUAUUGGUUUAGAAUGUAGGAUUUUAAGAUCAUCCAGUGCUGUACUAAAACAUCUCAAUAAAAGCAUA